CACACACACGAAAUUCCAAAUCUCUCCCUCUCUCUGCGGGCGGGCGGGCGGGCGGCGAUGGAGAGCCCCACGUCGGCGGCGUCGCGGGUGGACUUCUACGGCUUCCUCGACCGCAUGCGCCGCCCGGAGGCCGCCGGACUCUUCCGCUCCAUCAAGAGCUUCCUCGCCGCCCUCUCCCUCGAAGACCCCAGCGCGGAGGCGGACGGCGCCAGGGUCCAGGCCUUCUUCGCGGAGAUGGAGGCGGCCAUCCGGGGGCACCCGCUCUGGGCCGACGCCACCCACCAGGAGAUCGACCACGCGCUCGAGGGGCUCGAGAAGUACAUCAUGACCAAGCUGUUCGACCGCACCUUCGCGUCGUCGCCGGAGGACGCCGCGGCCGACGCCGAGGUCUCGGACAAGAUCGGCCUCCUGCAGCGCUUUGUCAGGCCUCAUCACCUCGACAUACCCAAGCUCCUCAACAACGAGGCUUCCUGGCUGAUUGCAGUUAAAGAACUACAGAAGAUUAAUUCCUUCAAAUCACCGCGGGAUAAGCUUCUCUGUAUGAUGAGCUGUUGCCAAGUCAUCAAUAACUUGCUGCUAAACGUGUCCAUGUCGAAUGACCGAACACCAUCUGGCGCUGAUGAAUUCCUUCCCAUUCUCAUUUAUAUUACCAUCAAGGCCAAUCCUCCUCAGCUGCACUCAAAUCUAAAGUUUGUUCAGCUCUUCAGAAGAGAAACUAAGCUUGUUUCGGAAGUCGAAUACUAUCUCACAAACCUCAUUUCAGCAAAGAUGUUUAUAAUUAAUGUUAAUGGCCAGUCGCUAUCAAUGGAAGAAACUGAGUUUCAGAAGCAUAUGGAAUCUGCAAAACUAGGUAAUCAAAUGUCUGUUGCUAGCCCUAGUAGUCCACAAGGGUUGGCUACAUCUACAAGGGGAUUACAGAAGCAAAUUGAUGCAGAAGGUUUCAAAUUCCCUUUCAUGGACUCAGAAAUCGAAAAUUUGACGCCAGAGGAACUCAAGCAGUUGCAUGGACUCUACAGGAAGACAGUGACCAAAUAUACACUGUUGUCUAAAGCCUUGAGAAAGUUAUCCAUAGAUGAGGAUCAGCUGCUUGCAUCAGUAGAUGAUUCAUGAACUGAUGCAGAGAUUAUUAUUUGUGCCACUUGACCGUUUGAACAAAAACAAGGCAGGUGGAGGAGAUUACAUACGUCUUGCAAGUGUCAAAACAUGCUAUCAAGACCUGGAGCCGCAUUCAUGUUAAUCUUGUCCUCAUUGUUCCCAAUAAGCCCAACUCUUUGGAAACAAUAUCAAAGUUCAAGAUAUAUUCCAGGAGGUACCAAACAAUGAGAAACAAAUCUAUUAUCACCUGGUAAUCGAUGAUUGGAUGAAUGGGUUUAUCAACUCACUGGCAGCUAAUGAAGCAGCAGAUCAGCAGCAGCUCAAGGCAGAGCGAACGAAGCAGCAGAUCAGCAGCAGCUCAAGGCAGUAUCUGUUCUUGGAUCUGGAUGAUACUGGGGAAGAAGCAAGUAGUUGACAAUCAGUCUGGGAAGUAGAUACCUUUGAGAGAAAUUUGUGUUGUACAACAAAACUGGGACACAAGCUUCCAUUUGAGUUUCUGAAGAUUGAUAUGAAGAACCUUCUCCUUGACUUGUUAUCGCAACUCCACCAGCAGAAACGGCCACUACCUGUCAAUUGUGAGCCAGCACCAGCGACAUUAACAUCAUACCUGCCAAUUGUGAGCUUGGCAUCAACAACAUUAAUAUCAUCCUCAAGAUAAAAAGCAUGCAGAUCAGAACAUCUAAUCCCAUUGGCCGCUAGAAAGGGAAAGUUCAAUUCUGGCCUGCCAUGUCGUCAUGGCAGUCCUCAUGGGCGAAGAGGAUCCUGCCCGCUGCGAUGUCGUAGACGAAUCGCGUGUCCACCUGCUGCAUCGUGCCGGUGAUGGUGAUGUGCUCGCUCGGCAUCACGGUAAGGCAGGCGUCAUGUUGGGUGAGGAUGAAGAGCUGCUGUGGCUGAAGCACGAGGUCAUCGUCCAAGUGCAGCGUCACCGUCGGCAGGUGCUUGGAGGCGGCCUGGGUCGCGCCGUGGAAGCAGACGUGGUACUCAUCACGCUCCACUUUCGGCAGCCCUAGCCUCCUGAUAUGCUCUUCCACGGCCUGCACCAGGAGGUCGUACGCGGGCUUGAUAAUCAUCGUCAUGCCCGUCCCAGGAUCGAUCACGGAACGCUGGACCACCUGUCGUCAUGCAAUUUGUGGCGCUGGAAUAACUCCCUGAUCCUGCCAUGUGGCAGGCUCAGUCGUAGCCCGUCGACACUGACGCCUGUGAGGCCGACGAAGUAGGGUCUGAACUCCGGGUCGGUCAUGCGCUUGUAGAGGAUCUUGGUGCUCCUCAUGUGCCCCGUGGCCGACACGUCGGCGCCGAACCGGAGGAAGCCGUGCAUGUUUGGAUGCCUGGGCCCAAGGAGGCAGUAGGAGAAGCGGUCGCCGUGCCCGUGCUGGUGGAGCUGAGUCCAGAUGAGGGACGGUUUCUGUUUGCCCAGGCCGAGGACACCGGCGAGCACUCCGUGGUUGUUGAACCGUGGUGGAACAACAAAAUUCAUAAUAUCAAAUGUAGAGAAACAUAACAAAAUAUAUAUAAUGUAUUACAUUCUUGUAAAAGCCGAACCUUUUAAGUUUGAUCAUAUUUGUAGAGAAACAUAACAAAAUUCAUAAUAUCAAAUCUGCACGAUCAAAUUCAUCAUGAAA